CUUAUUCGGUGGUUUAACCACCUAAAUUGUCCCACUAAAAUCAAGAAAUAGAGAUGGACGAGUGCAUUUAUGACAAUGAUCCUGGUGAACAAAAGCAAAUGGAAGACAGAGCCUGUAACACAACUGGAGAGAGUGAAGAGGCAGAGGAGAGGGAAGUUAUAAUUUAUGAAAGCUCGGACAUCCACGGCGACCACAAAGCUUCAACACAGAGCGCUGUGCAUCAACAGCCAUGCAGGACUUUGGUCAGGCCUGUAACUGUGUGCCUGGUGCUGCUCUGUGUUCUCCUCCUGGCUGUCGUCAUAGGCACUGGCCUCCACUGUAAGAAAUGCAGAAUCAAGCUGCGGAGCCACAACGAGAGCUGGGCUGAAGAGAGAAAGCAGACUUUGGUUGAACUCGAUAACUUCUGUAAGGAUGGAUGUACAUCAUUCAACAACAGUUUUUACUACAUUUCUUCAAAACGAAUGAGCUGGGAGGACAGCAGACAGGACUGCAAAGACAGAGCAGCAGAUCUGGUCAUUGUAAACAGCAAAGAGGAGCAGGUAUUCAUCAAUUCCCUAAACCGCAAAUCCUGGAUUGGUCUGACUGACAGAGAAGACGAGGGAACAUGGACGUGGGUAGAUGGUUCAGUUCUGAACAGCACAGAGUUUUGGAAACAUGGGGAGCCCAGUGGGACAUUUGGAGGAGUGAAGGAGGACUGUGUUGAAACCUUUUGGUUCAAACAGCAGAGAAGCUGGAAUGAUAAUAACUGUGCCAAUCUACAAUUUUGGAUCUGUGAAAAAGUGUCUCACUUCUAACAUUAUUUUUUAUCCUAAAUGUGGUUAUAUCUCAUUCAUAGAGGGCUUUCUCUGUGAAAACUGCAGCAUGAGUAAGACUGUUAGGAAGAGGGUCAGUACAUCAAGUGUGUUCA